UCGACAGUGUAAUUUGCAUUAUCAAAACGUCUUCAUUAUUUUGAAUUUGCGGCUGGGCGUAAUAGUUUCUAAAUAUCUUCACCAGAUAGAUACAUUAUUAGUAAUUUUACGGUAUUUGUACUAUUAAAAACACAAGAUGAGUAAGCUAUGCAGACAAGUGUCCAUUGAGUCACCAGGGUCUGCAAUGAAUGAAUGUGUAUUCAGUUUUGAAGUACCUAUGCCAGAUGUUCCGCCAUAUGGGGCAAGAAUCAGAGUUGUGUAUGCUGGUGCCUGCUACAGGGUUACUCGAAAUCGUUCUGCAUCUGUUUGCAGUACUUCAUCUGUUUCAUCAGUUGGAAGUCUAGCAGGAGAAUUGGAAUGCUUUACAAUGCACACCUCAUCACCUUCACACAUUGGAAUGCGCGAUGGUGCACUGUUCCCCGGUUAUGAAGUGGCUGGUAUAGUAGAUGCUAUCGGGGGUCUUGCAGAAGGCACAGGUGGUAUUACAGUUGGAUCUAGAAUAGUCUUGUACCCUUAUGAAGGUGUGCCACAUGGAUAUGCUGAUUUUAUUGUAGUACCAGAUUUUCAAUGUUUGGUGCCAGUACCAGCUGAUUUACCACUGAGUAUUGCAGCCAUGCUGCCUACUGGGGCUUUACUUGCAACCAAUACAGUGGGUACAGCAAUUGAAUGCCUUAACACAAUUUUGGAGGGGCCGAACAAGAAGGAGAAAGCUACAAUGCUGAUAGUAGGAACUGGUGGAUUAGCACUUUGGGCACUUCGUAUUGCUACACACUAUUUUCGAGGACUACCAUUUCAUGAUCGCGUUCACAUUUCGGUUGCUUCAUUGAAAGACGAAGGAUUCGUUUUGGCCAAGGAGAACGAACAGAUCAAAGUAGUGCAAUGGUCUGAAGACCUAUACGAACGGCAGCUUAUAGAGCGUACCAUUGACGCUUGCGGCGGGCCGGUAGACGUGGUUCUUAACUUCGGCACCACCUCGCGAUCGCUGCACCGCUCCCUGCAAUGCCUUGCUCCAGGUGGCGUCGUGCUGGUGACCGAGAACAUAGGCGAGAGGCUGUUGCCCAAGUUCGCAAAGAAGGUCGAGGAUAUGAACGUGAAUAUAGUGGCAGUUCCAAAUGGCAGUAUUGAGCAGCUCAAGGAAUUGGUUGAACUGGUGGCGAAUGGGGAUAUCAAGCCGCCACCUCAUUCCGUAUUUCCGGCCGAGGAAGCCCAAGAAGUGGUGAGAAAACUUUGCAAUUCCGAAAUUAACGGACGUGCAAUUUUGAAAUUUCACAAUAUCGACUAAGUCCAGCGCUUGCCGUGCAAAGCUGUUUUUUUAGCCACCAAAAAUUACAAUUAAGAUCUCGUAUCCAUAUUUCCACCCA